AUGUCGUCGUCAUCAGGAGGACUUGCUCCUGGCGAUGUGACGGCACCAAAUCCGCUACACAAUACAAGUAAAUAUAAGGUGUAUGUACAAGCGGUCGAUCGAGCUUUGAAGACAUUUGAAAAUCCUAAUGAAUGGGCAGAUCUCAUCUCAGCGCUUGCCAAAUUGACUAAGGUGUUCCAAUCUAAUGCCAAAUUCGGAGACAUUCCUAAACCAGUUACUGUCGCCAAGCGAUUGUCACAGUGCCUUCAUCCUGCUCUGCCAAUGGGUGUUCAUUUGAAAGCCCUCGAAACAUAUCGUCAAAUAUUCGACAUUUUGGGUCCCCAGUCAUUGCCCAAAUUGCUGUACCUUUUUGCCGUAGGUCUUUUUCCACUCAUGGAUCACUGCGGUAUUAAGGUAAAAUCUGAGUUGUUCAAUAUUUUUGAACAGUACCUUCUCCCGCUGGGUCAAAAUCUGAAACCAGCUUUACCGGGCUUUCUAGCUGGAGUAUUGUUAGGCCUAGAGGAAGGCACAGAGUUUUAUGAAAGGUCGCUAUCCGUGCUCGAUCGAGUUUGUGAGGGAGUUGGAGAACGUGCUUUUUUCGCAUGUCUCUGGCAAGCUGUCCUAGGUUCCCCAUCUGUACGACUCCCAGCUAUGCUGUAUGUGAAUGCGAAAUUCGACAAAACACGAACACUUGAUGAUCAAAUCGCGAUUGUUGGCGACCACGUUGCCGCUCUUUGUGCGACUGCAAGCGAUUCUGGAUCACCGUUGGUUCAGCGAAACUUGUUGGAUUUCUUAUGUGCAGCUUUUCCCCUAGACAGCACGAACCUUACAAGAGAGGAUUUCGUCCAGUUGAUAAUGCGAUGUGUUUUCGUUGUGUUACGACGCGAUAUGUCUCUAAAUAGGCGUCUUUACACCUGGUUGAUGAACCCAACAGGCGGAAAUAUAGCCGUUAGCAGCAUACCUGUUGUUGACGAAGCAGUCGAAUCGACAUUCUUCACUGACAAGGUUCUGCCACUAAUAGUGGAAGCGUUGACUGAAUAUCUCAAACUCGAUGUAAUCGAAAUACCUCAAUCAUCAACCAAUGCAUGGGCUCACGGUUGGGGAGGACAGCGGGAGAGUGAGCAACACCAAUUCGCUGAAGUGCGAGUUUGUCGGUUGCUGCUAUAUCUUCAAGAUCGCGCCGAUAUCGGUGGGCCGGUUCUCAAUAAAGUUUUCCCACUGUUUUUGAUGAUUGAUGUUUGUACGAGAUUGCUAGCAGAAAUAUCUCAAGGUGGAGCCAUUGAAGCCAUUGUUCCAAAUGACGACUUGUCGGAAGGAUCGAGCAUAGGUAGUCCUCGGAAGCGUCCACUAAAUGCGGUAGUAGCUGGCGUGAAUGAUGAAGAUCAAGCGCUUGUUGAACUGUGUGUUAACGAGUGCCUUAUGUUACUGUCGUCGGUUUCACGAAUGUACCAUACCGGUCGAUCAAGUAAUAACCUUCUUCUGCUCUCCUCUGUGUGCGCUCUAACAUCACAGUUUGUGGAUUAUCCGCUCUACUGUUUCUCAUUAGAACAUAAGAGCUGUCCCAAACUGCCUUGCUGGCUAGAGGAGCUCUUGAAGGUAGUCGAUGCUGACUCGUGGGUGCAUCAAAUGUCCCAUGGAUCACAGUUUGUCGACCUAUCUGAUUUAUCAGCGAGGACAACCGCAUUCGAUCUAUUACUUUCUAUCUAUUUGAAAUGCUCAUCAGUCCUUGCGCAGCAUGAAGCUGCAAAUGGGCGGAUGUCGGAAGGUUCCGUGGCUGUUGCUUCCGAAGGUGAAGAUGUGCCUCCAACAACAGUGCUGCUGAAGCCAUUGUUGUUCUCGGCUCAACUCCAUCAGUUGGAGCGAGAACGUGUUUUCGAGCGCUGUGGGCAAGCGAUAUGGCGAGGAGUUGGUUCGCCUCAAUGCGCCCAAGAGCACGAGAGAUUGUCUCGAUUGAUGGCAUUGCUGCACUCGAGAAGGCCAAACGAACCAAGCAGUGAUAUGGAGAAUAUAAUAGUUUCUGCGUUGACUAGCAGCGAUGCGAUGAUCAGUGCAGAAGCUGCACAGACAUUUCAUCGUAUGUGGAUGCUUACACGAACCGGUGACGACCAACCUCCGCUGUGUGCCAAACCGUUCAACAGGCAUGAGUUUUUCCUGUUUCUCCGAUUACACUGGGCGGUUAUGCUGUUACUGGGAGUUUUGGCUGAUGAGUCGGUCUCACGAGCUCGUACUGAGUUGAAAAGCGCUGCUGCUGCGUGGUUCAUUGACUGUGCCAAACACAACGAUCUCCCAAGAAUUGUACAGAUGCUCGCAACGAUGCUGAUGAAUCCAGUAACAGCUCGGAUUUCAAUCCAAUACGUUUGGCAAGAAGCGAGAUUGAGUAAGGAUCAGUUUUCAUCGAUGCCACCAGAUGUCUCUGUAGUGACGUUGGUAACGUCUGAUGGAAAACAGCGGCUGUAUCACUUUGACGGACCGGUGACAGACGGAGCUUGGCAAAAUGAUCUACGCAAUCGUCUCCUCUUGUCUUCUGAAGCAGAUUCCACAGAAUCUGAGCAAGGAGCUGUUUCCACGUGUGUCGCUACUGGUGGAGAUAUCCCGAACUUCGAUGAAGACACGGAUUCUCUUGAUACACUGUCGAUCUCCAUGGAUGGAGUUGAUGUUGGUGUCGUGGAAACUUUGCAAUAUCUCAUUGACUGUGUGAUAGAAGAAGAAGAAAGCGAGCUCGAUAACCAUCAGCGAUUGGAAUCUGCUUUGGCGAAUGCUCCUCCGGAAGGAGGAGCGAUAGUCUUCAGAGCUGGUGACAGUGAAGCGGAGCAAUCGUCCUCAAUAUCUGCACGAGCUCGGCAAGAAAGUGGUGAUAGACCGGCCCCCAUUGUCACCGAUCCCGUUUCUAGGUUCAAGAAAGGGCAUCGUCGUCAGGAUUCCCUUCAGGAGAGCAUAUUCAGCAUGACAGAAAAAGAUCUCAAAACCUUUGACACAACCGAGCUUCUGCGGCCGUCAAUCGAUGGUGCCGCUGAUGGUGUAAGCCUAUUCCACGAACUUCAUGUGCAUAUGUUGUUGUACGGAGAGAGUGGACGUGUUGUGGAUUUGGGUCGAGCUGAAACAGCUUUUCGAAUACUGACUGCACUGCUAUGCCCGAGAGGUUCUCCGGUCACGAAUCGUAUGCUCUUGAGUUGUUUGGUCUCUUCUGGGACUGCCUCUCAGAAUGGAGAAAGCGCUGGCGCCGGUCCUGCCCUGACAGUAUCGCUUGUUGAUUUGAUGGCGAAGCAUGUUCGAGCUAUUCUCGGGCAACAUUUCUGGGGGGUGACAGGUGAUGAAGACGUCUCGAAGCACCGGCAUCUAACGCUACUAGAGCUCUUGAUAACGAUCUCAUUGCACUUUUUACGAUCGUUCUUCUUAAACUCACCUAUUUGCCCAGUUACUCAGUCGGAUUUGGUGAUGGCAUGGAAGUGUAAGAUAGCUGCUCUCGAUUUCCUGUCAGAAUUACUUGGAGAGCUUAGUGGAAUGAUUUGUGAGCAGCAGUCUCGGCCAUUUGUUAGCUUCGUUCAAUCUGUGCUAUCAAGGUCGAAGUUGCAAAAAUGCUUGUUACAUUUGUUGCUCACCGCAGUUCACGACCCAAGGACAAGUGCUGAAGCAGGACAAGUAAUGCCCUUAUCUGUGUCGAUUGCUGAGUUCAACGAAGGAGGAAUAUCUAAAAUGGGAAACAAGUUGUCAGGACUUUUGUCAGCGUACAGUCGCUCACUGCUAAGUGUGACCGCUCAAGCGAUUCGGCUUGAAAGUGACAUCAAGAAUGGAUAUUCAUCAUUUGGAGACAUGAACACUUCGGGUGUGAUGUUGAACCGACUAUCCGUAGCACAGCAGAUCUACAAUACGCCUGCCCAUCGAGGUACUCUACGAGAACCCAAUCCGUCAUUAGUUGAACUUCGAGCUUUCCUUCUGAUCGUUUUGAAUGCACUGAAGAAACGUCCAGAGCGUCAUGAGAUGUGGUUCCAAUUCGUCGUUCAAAUUCUGCCAUGGAUGGAAAGAUCAUUAGCAACUGUUAUGGUGCGAGUUGUUGAACAGCUUUGCAAGAAUAUUGAAACAGCUCUGAAUGUGUGCUACCCGAACGUCAAAGAUACCGACAGCUCUUUGUCGCCUGUUCCGAAGAAUGACUGCAAUUACCCUGCUUGUUUUAUUACGAUGACCCUAGAAACAAUUACGACGUUGGUACAUUUCUGUGUGAUCGAUACCCAUUCUACUGGGUCCACUAUUCAACCUACAACACCCAGUAGUGUGCCCCCAAGUAGCGGAGGUGGUGGCGGUGGCGGAAUGGUCGGGCAGGCAAUGGCUGUGAUCCCGGGUACCAAAGGUGCUACUGAACUGUUUUCCAAUCUUGUCAAAGUGUUCAGCUUUAGCGAUUCAAAUUCGACUGGCGGCGUAAACAUUUCUAAAAUGGACGGUUCACGUGGUAGCUUGACAUUACGGCAAGCUCGUAACGAUAUGCUCACAUCACUUCCACAUGCACUCGCUACCAUUUGUGACUUAUGGACCGUAGUGAGAAGCAAACAGGAGCCACUUUUGCCACUGGGAUCACCUCAGCAUCUUCGACGGUUAAUUCUUGAUCUCCUAUCACCCAUAGCCCAACAUCAUCAGCAAGCUUUCCUCACAGCACUAUCUCUGGUUUGGUUAACUCGAUCGGGAGCAGGUGGUUCACCUCAGAAGAAAUUGGACCCAGAUCAGCGUGAUAGUUCGCUAUUACAGCCAAAUUUCCACUAUAGUCCUGUUCAACACGAUAUAGCAAACUUGCUGCUGAGUUUGAAAGUAAUAUCGUUCGAAGAGUUGGUAACAGCUGUAAGUGAAACACUCAAGGAAGUAGGAGUGAAGGCAACAAAGAUUGGAGCUGGAGAUAAGGCAACGUUCCCCACUGAAGCGCCCUUGCUUGAGUUGGUACAUGGAUGUAUAAAAGCUCUACCAACAGCUCAAUUGCGAUCUUGUUGGUCGCCGUUCCAGUCAUUGUUCGCUGACGCUCCUCUUGCUAACUUGCCGCCACGUGCAGUAUUUCUGCUGUACAUAAUCCUUUGUGACUACGUACGAUGUGCUGGUGCAUCGUACAUUGUUGAAGACAAGGCGAUGUCCCGAGCUGUGCAAGAUGCAGUUCAACGACUCACCGAAGCUGUUAACGCGAUCGUCGGCUGGCAACUAGAGACAACUACGUGGUUGAAAAGGACGCUCGUCGUCAGGCAUGACCAAGGUCCUCGUUCACAAGACGCUAGUCCGUCAGUGGAAACCAACACACCGCUGAAUACCCCUUUGCCGUCAGUGAAUCCAUCGGAACAGAACUCUAUGCGUGGUUCGACAUUGUCGCUUAUGACAAGGCCUUCAUCUCUGGAUACUGGAAGCACAAAUGUGGGCGCCCUGACGGAAAAGAAAAGCAGUUCCAACCUCCGUGGCUCGGUGAAAGACAGUAAUAACAACAAAAGGGAUCCAGCCCACAGUACCCAGGCGCUUUUCCUUCUGGCUGAGAAUUUGGCUGAGUUAGUGGACUCCGUCUGCAAGAGUGACGAUAAGGAGCGCUUGUUACCCACUCUACACGCAGUAUGGGGGAAUGUUGUUCCUUACUUGAAAGCAAAGAACGCUCGGAACUCCCGGUUUUUCCUAGCAUCUUCACAACUGUUGGCAUCUAUGAGCUCCUUCAGCUAUAUGCGUCCCGUUUGGAAAAAGACUACGCUCGAGCUGUUGUUAGAUUCAUCUUUCUUCAAAAUGGACAUGCAUUCCUUGAAACAGUGGUUGAUAGUGACAGACCAUCUUAUGACGCAUGACAAAACAUCGUUCAAGGACUUGUUGAAGAGUAUUGCGUACACACCGAAUGCGUCCUUCAGCCUCAUGACAUCAAAAGAACAGGAAUACGAAGCUAGAGCGCAGGCGGUCAAAAGAUUGGCAUUUGUCGUUCUGGGAUCUGAAUUGGAUCAGUACCAAGGGCAGAUGAAUGACAUUCAAGAACGCCUCUCAGAAAAUCUUCGAGUCUCACAGUCACCAUCGAUACGGUCAGCAGUUUUCCUGUGCAUUCGAGUGCUUCUACUACGCUUACGACCGAACAGCCUCGUCGGCAUAUGGCCCAUUAUGGUAACUGAACUGGUCCAUGUUCUUCUGCAAAUGGAACAACAAUUGUGCGCAGAAGGAAAUGGAAUAGAGGAUCUUGGUUGUGCCAGAGAUGAUGCUUGGAUGCAGCUCUACUUAGCUGCAUGCAAGAUGCUUGAAACCCUCUGCACCCUGCCCGCUGGAUACCUUGCACAAUUCCAAAUGUGUCACUGGGCUUUCGUGAAUUCCGUAGCUACGAGUAAAACGGACAUGUUUCUGCCGUUUGCUGGACGAAUAAAUAAGCUUUUACGAACUAAGUUCGGCAAACUGACACCCGAAGAACUGGCAAAUCUGUCGCCGUCGCUGUGUGGAAUGAAGAUGUUGACAAGUUUUGAAGAACUGCGACCAUUCUUUUAUGCACUUGCCACACAGAGUAAAGCCUUGCCGGGAAUACAUCAGAACUCUGGAAACGAAUCGUCUUUUCUUGCUGGAUCGCUUUCAUAUAAAAAUGCUGUAAAUCGUCUAGAACAUGCCCUAUGUGUGGAUUUCGCUGAACAUUGGCAGCUUUAG